AUGUCGGGAACACAUGACCAACGCGUGGCGAUCAGCGCGCCGGGACCAGGACUGCGAUUAUUGUCCAACAAAUGUGGGUCACACCAGACCUUUGCAAGUAUAAAGGGUGGCAUAAAUGUCCGCUGGCAUCGUUAUCCCUUCCCACAUCGUCAAUUCUCCAACCCUUCUUUCCAGUGCUCGUUCUUCAAGAUGGCAUCCCAUCUGCCUAUAUUGCCUCCCCACGGUCCACUGAACAUGGAAAAACUAAUUCACUUAGCUAUUCCCAAGCCAAAGCCUGUGAGAGAGAUCCAGAAAGCUGCCUCUGCCACCAAAACUACGAAGAUCACCAAACACACCACUCCAUCGACCGACUCGGAUCCCCCUAGGCGCACUUCCUUGCAACGCAAAGAAAGCCGAGCCGAAAAUGCUCAAGCUGCUCUUCACCGUCACCAGGUUCACGCCAGGACGAAAGCAGUCAAGUCGCGUCGUUCGGGAAAGCUACCUGCGAAGAACCCUCGCUUCCUGACUGGCAGGGACCCCAUCCCAUCAGAGAUUUUCAAACCCAAAGAUGAUCGCACAGCACGCAUUGCAUCUUUGAACUCCAACCACAUCUUCAUCCUUGCAGCGCACAGGAAUCAGCAAACGUUUGACAGAAACGCCGCAGAGAAGGCGGUGGCGAAACGCAACAUCCAGAUGGACGAGCACGACAAGAGUGCAGAUUUGUUGAGGAAGCAACUCUAUUCAGAUGAGGAGGAAUGGGGGAAUGAUGUCGAAUAUUGUGAACGUAAAGGAGGGGACUUUGCGGCGAGGUUGGUUGAGAUGGAGGAGCGCUUGAGGCUCAUGGAGCAAGAGGGAUACUUCAGUCAGGCCAAGAUGCAAGAAAGAGCUCGUCCUCAAGACCCUUCGUCCUGCAGGUAUCCGGAACCCAUCACUUUUUUUGGCACUACGGAGAGCAAAACCUCAGGUCUCGACUACAUCGCCCUCUUCAGCGAAGUCACGGAAACCGUCCUAAAGCUCAAAAGCGAGUGCCAGGACAGAGGUGCAACGGAGCUCGAUGGGUCCGAUGCUACUCGUUGGGCAAAAUUCCAAUUCGACUUGCUCCAAACUGAAGCAUUGGCCAGAGGAGGGUCACUUACCGCCGCACUUCAUACUCAAUACGAGUUGAAAUGGAAUUUUCUCAAAGCUGAAAGCCAGCGGCCAACGGCGCCAACCAGCCGCGGCACUACACUCUGCACAUUCCCCUGGCCGUGCCUGGAUUUUGUCACCACAGUGGAGGAUCUUACAGACGAGAGAGUCCACGACUUCUUGUUGGACCCCGUUAGGCCCCUUGCGCCCGUGAACAGCCACAUAUAUAUCCUCAAGAAGGAGCUUUUAAGGUGGCAUCCGGAUAACUUUUCUGAUACUCUUGACCUGGUGAGCGACGGGCACAGGAAGAGCAUUCAGAAAGGAGCUGAGAUAGUCAUAAAGCUGAUAUUGGAUUUGUUGGAGGCGUAUGCUUGA